AUGGAUACAAAAAAGGAGAUCAAUACUCCCGAGCCACCGAAUAAAAAGGUCAAGUUAGCUGAUCAAGAUAUAAAUCAACACAAUGUCAAAACGACAACACCAAGCACAACUCAGAUUGACCUCUUACCCGCAGAACAACUCUUGCGAACUCUCCUCCUCGACUGUCGCGAUCAUUUCGCAUCGACUCCAGGCAGCCAUCAAGAUGCAGGCGCCAUGUGGUUCGUCGGCGGCUGGGUACGCGACAAACUCCUUGGAAAGCAAAGUUGCGACAUUGACGUGGCCAUGAGUAUCAUGACCGGGCCUGAGUUUGCGAAUCAUUUAAGAGAAUUUCUUUCAUCUGAACCACCCCCAGCCGAAUUAUCGGCAUCGACAUCAGAUAAUGAUGACGAAAACAAGCCAAAGACGAAAGGCGACAUCUACAGAAUCCAAGCCACCAAAUCCGGCAUCCCAGCUGAGAUCAGAGGAUUCUAUGAAAUCGACCGAAAUCCGAAAAAGGGCAAACAUCUACAGACAACGAGUGCCAAGAUUUUUGGUCUGGAUAUUGAUUUUGUGAAUUUGAGGACGGAGAAGGAUCUUCAGCCAGAUGGACAUCCGAAGCAGGUGGUGGGGAGAGAGUUUGGGUCGUUGGCGGAAGAGGAUGCGUAUCGGAGGGAUGCGACGGUGAAUGCGAUUUUUUAUGAUCUUGACUACCAACAAGUUGAGGAUCAUACGCAGAAAGGACUGCAAGAUCUGGAGGCGAGAGUGCUGAGGACGCCGCUUGAUGCGCACGUUACGUUUACGGAUGAUCCGUUGCGGAUUUUGAGGUUUGCGCGACUUGCGAGUACGCUUGGCUUUACGAUUGAUGAGGGUAAUACGCAGCAGGCGAUAAAAGAUCCGGAGAUUCAAGGCUUGAUAAGUACGAGAAUCAGUCCGGAGCGGAUUGGAUUGGAGUUGAAGAAGAUGGUUACUGGGCCGGAUCCGGUUACUGCGUUGUUUUGGAUUCACAGAUUGAGACUUUAUCAGCCUGUAUUUUUGGGGGAGCAGCAGAAGGGUGCUUUGGAUAGGUUGAAGGAGAGUGAGGCAUCUGAAGCAGAGCAGUGGGCAGCAGAUAAGGAUGAGUAUGUGUGGCCACUAGCGUGGCCGGAUGCUUGCAAGACUGUAUCACAACUGUUGUCGACGGACAACGAGAAUAUCGUGGCCAUCGAACUGGCGCAGUCACAAGAUAUUGAACUGGUCUGGCAGGUGGCCUUAUGGUGUCCGCUUGCGCUGCUCUGUCAGCCACAAGAUACUCCCCCCUUUCCAGUCGUCAAGCCGGCAAUCAAGGCAAUCAGAUCUACAAACGAAAUGACAAAAUUACUAGAAGGCUCUUUGAACAAUAUGAAGGAAAUCCGAUCGACUAUCGACCUUGUCGUUGAUUGCAACAACAAAGAGAGUCUAAGACGAAGCACAGUUGGAAAACCCAUACGGUCGUGGGGUAAGACCUGGAGACUCCAAGUCCUAUUCACCCUCUUGACGGAUAUCCUUUCAGCCAAGUCGAGAACAGAAGACUUCUUGAAUCGCUAUUCGAUUUUCUUGCAAUUUGUCCUCGAGCAAAGACUGCAAGACGUACACUCGAUGCCUCAAAUCCUGAACGGAAGCGAUAUCAAAACAAUCUUCCGGCUGCGAAAAAGCGGUGCAUUCAUGAACGGCGUCAUGAAAGCACUGCUGGAAUGGCAGUUCGACCAUGAGGCCGACUAUGGCGACAGAAACGAGACGAAGGCACAAGCGAUCGAAUGGCUGCGUGGGCAGAAAGAGCGGUUGAAGAUUCCAGACCCUGAGAUAGAUCUCGCGAACCAGUAA